AUGUCAGUACAGGUUUUGGCAGCGAAAAUGGCAGAGGUCGAACUCAAAGACGUCCCGAAAGAACUACCUAACGACGACUCAAACACCCCGACGUCGGAGGGAAUUAUGGACAGAAACUACCCGCGCGAGGCCGGUUCCUCCUCCGCCACCACCACGGUGUCCCCGACCGCGGAGCCCUCCACUAAAGCCGGGGAAUGCAGCUCGGGUUUGCUCGCCCCGAAGAUGCCGCAGGCUUCGGCUAUGAAGCGGCCGGACCCGCAGCAGAACGGCGGGGAGGCGUUCGUCAACCGGGACGGCACCGUGGCAGAGGCACCGCGAACUCUCAACCGACAGAUCCAAUUCGCGGACCAGAAACAGGAGUUCAACAAGCGACCGUCGAAAAUCGGCCGUCGCUCCUUGUCUCGCUCAAUUUCUCAAUCGUCCACAGAUAGCUACAGCUCAGCCGCGUCGUACACGGACAGCUCCGAUGACGAAACGUCUCCCCGGGACAAACAGCAGAAGAACUCCAAAGGAAACGGCGACUUCUGCAUCAAAAACAUCAAGCAGACCGACUUCGGACGGCGAGAGAUCGAGAUAGCCGAGCAAGAGAUGCCGGCUCUCAUGGCUCUGAGGAAGCGAGCUCAGGGUGAGAAACCCCUGGCAGGCGCCAAGGUGGUAGGUUGCACCCACAUUACGGCUCAGACAGCUGUGCUCAUGGAAACGCUGUCAGCUUUGGGUGCUCAGUGCAGAUGGGCGGCGUGUAAUAUCUAUUCCACCCAAAAUGAGGUAGCAGCUGCUUUGGCAGAAGGAGGUUUCAGCGUGUUCGCGUGGAAAGGCGAGUCUGAGGACGAUUUCUGGUGGUGUAUCGAUCGCUGUGUCAACGUGGAAGGAUGGCAGCCUAACAUGAUCUUGGACGAUGGUGGCGACUUGACCCAUUGGAUCUACAAAAAGUACCCCAAUAUGUUCAAGAAGAUCAAGGGCAUCGUGGAGGAGAGUGUCACUGGUGUGCACAGGCUUUACCAGCUAUCCAAAGCCGGGAAACUAUGCGUCCCAGCCAUGAAUGUCAACGACUCUGUGACCAAACAAAAAUUUGACAACCUCUACUGCUGCAGGGAGUCCAUCUUGGAUGGUUUGAAAAGGACAACCGACGUCAUGUUCGGAGGCAAGCAAGUGGUGGUGUGCGGUUACGGCGAGGUGGGGAAAGGUUGCUGCGCCGCACUGAAAGCAAUGGGUUCCAUCGUCUACGUCACUGAGAUAGAUCCUAUCUGUGCCUUGCAGGCUUGCAUGGAUGGCUUCAGGUUGGUGAAGCUAAAUGAAGUUAUCAGACAAGUGGACAUUGUCAUCACUUGCACGGGCAACAAAAAUGUGGUAGUGCGGGAAAACCUGGACCGCAUGAAAAAUGGCUGCAUCGUCUGCAACAUGGGGCACUCCAACACAGAGAUCGACGUGGCAAGUCUGCGGACGCCCGAGUUAACCUGGGAGAGAGUGCGCUCUCAAGUGGACCACGUCAUCUGGCCUGACGGCAAGAGGAUAGUCUUGUUGGCUGAGGGUCGUCUUCUCAAUCUCAGCUGUUCCACAGUGCCCACUUUCGUGCUGUCUAUCACCGCCACAACACAGGCACUUGCUCUAAUAGAGCUGUACAACGCGCCGGACGGACGCUACAAGCAGGACGUAUACCUUCUGCCGAAAAAGAUGGAUGAAUACGUGGCCAGUCUGCAUCUGCCUACGUUCGACGCGCACCUCACAGAGCUGAGUGACGAACAAGCCAAGUAUUUGGGCUUGAAUAAGAACGGACCCUUUAAGCCAAACUACUACAGGUAA